GCCCUCUUCUUGUUUGUUCGCCACAAGAAAACUUGUCGCGCACUGAGUUUCUUUCAGCACACCAUACGCUUCUGCGAGUCGCUUCUGAUCUGAGGAUGGCACUACUCGAUUACCCCAUUCCAGAGUUGGACACCACCAUAAAAGAAGCAAGCCGUGUGCUUCAGCUCAUUCUGUGCCCUGAGGAGUAUGUCCAGUAUAAACAUGCCCUCUCCCAGCAGACAGAGGCACUUCAGGAGGCCCAGGAGAAGCUGAAAGCCAGCGCCAGCGGCAAGGAGAACUGGGUGACCGAGCAGUUCAAAAAGCGACUCCUCUCCUGCUGUGACCCUCUGCCCACCUCUACAGCCAUCCCCUCUGUCUUGCCUCCAUCCAAGGCCAAGGGAGAGAGUGCACAGCUAGAGAGGGCUUCAGCUCUGCUAUGGGCUGCAGCCAAGCUGUAUAGUGAGCCCUGGCUUAUUGAGGGUGAUGUACCAACAGAGCGCACACAACAGUCAGAGGUCUUUGCUUCCAGUCGCCUACCAGGAGAGAACCAGGAUCAAUUAAAAGUGUAUCCAGAAAGCCUCCAUGCCAUUGUGACCUGCAAAGGAGGUAUAUUUCCCAUUGAAAUCUUAAGGAGCCCAGGUGCAGAAGGCGCAGUAACCGCCUUGCCCCUUCUUGAUAUCUACACCCAGCUAGCUCAUGUGAUGUGUCUGCCAGCUGCACAAGCUAUGCAGGAUCCAUCCACGAUCUGUGGAUUAUCUGCUCUCCAUCGCCAAACUUGGCAUGCUAUCAGAAAGGAGAUACUGAACGGUGGCGGUGAGGCAGCAGAAUCUCUAGAAGUGAUAGAGAGUGCCAUUCUGGCUCUUUCACUGGAAGACUGCCCUGCACCAACCAAUCUGGCUGAUAUUCUUAAUGCUGUCCGUUUGGGAGGGGAUGACGGACAAUGCCUGAGGUACUAUGACAAGGUGGUAAACAUGGUGGUGUUCAAAGACAGCAUCGCUGGCAUGGUGUUUGAACACAGUGCCCUGGAUGGCAUGGUGGCUGGCCUUGUAGUCGAAAGAAUGUGGCACCUUUCAGAGUCCCAAAACAUAGAGCAUAUGAAAACUCAGACACUGAUAAAUGGGUCAGAUGUUGCAUCCUCACAUCCAAAAGCUCUAAAAUUUCCGCUAGAUGGUGUAAACAUGCCAAGAUGGCUUAAUAGCCAUCUACAAGUGAGUAACCCUGUCAUCACAUUUGAGGUUUCAUCUUUUCCAGAUGUUUUCACCACCCUAAGGGGUCACAGAGGUUUGUAUGAUGCAUGGAUCAAUUUCACUCUGCAGCUCUCUCUAAAGCAAAUCUUUGGAGAAACAGCUGCCAGCCACAUCAUGGUGACUCCCACUCAUAUGCGACACUACAAACAUGGCCGCUGUGAUCCAACUUAUUCUGUCACGAUGCAGUCUCGUAAACUUGUAACAGCCUUGGAAUCCUGCGUUGGGCCAGACAAUGUUCCUCGGUACACCAAGGAGCUCUUCCGCCAGUUCCACCUGGCAUUCCUGGAGCACAAAAAUCUUAUCAAAAUGACAAAAAGUGGUCAUGGUGUAGGACCUCAUUUAGCUGUCUUGCGCAGGAGUAUGUCUCAAGACAACCCACUCAAGAAAUAUCUGGAUCUUUUUGGAUGCCCAUCCAUCUACCUCACUGGCUCAGAUCUAAUGGAAGGUGUGGAGUGUGCUGUGGGUAAUGUGUAUGCUACUAACCAGCUAGCUGUCACUUACCUGGGAAAGAAGGACAAGGUCCGUCUUGUGCUGAAUGGAAAGGGUACCUUUGCCAGCAUCUUAGGAAAACUUGCAAAGAGUCUUGAACUAAACCUUAAGCUGGUGAUGCUUCUGGCAGUAAGGUAUGCAAUUGCAGGGCAGAUGGGAGCCAUUGAGUGCCUCUUGCAAGAAGAGGAAAGAUCAAUCAAUAACACUGCAGUGGACACCAAAGAUGUAGAUCCAAAAGGAGGAAAGAAUGUCAAGCAAAAAGGAUGCUUGGAGUCUGAGCCUGCAGAAAAGCCAUCUUUCACCUUAGUAAUUCACGGUGGAGCUGGUGAGGAAAUGAUGCUGAGUCAUAAGGUGGUUGAGGUCAUUGAAUUUGCCCUUCAAACAGCACUAACUCUGGGAGCACAAGUGCUAAGCCAUGGAGGCAGCAGUCUGGAUGCUGUACAGAGAAGUGUGUCUGCCUUGGAAGAUUGUUUCUUAUUCAAUGCAGGAAAGGGAUCUGUAUACAACCGAAAUGGCCAACACGAGAUGGAGGCCACCAUUGUCGAUGGACAUGGAAAGAAUUCUGGAUCAGUGGCUUGCGUGCAUUGUGUGAAAAACCCAGUCAAAGCAGCUCGACAUGUGAUGGAAAAAAGUGUACACUCAUUACUGACAGGAGAUGGAGCUGAGGAGUUUCUAGAGAGUCUCCAGGAAAGAGAAAAAACAAUGACAGCAGAGUACUUUCACACUGAUAUCAGAUACAAGGAGCUUGCUAUGAAACUAAGCGGCAGUAAAAACAACCAUCCUCAAACUGUAGGUGCAGUUGCUCUGGACAGCUGGGGCAAACUAGCAGCAGCCACAUCAACUGGGGGGUUAGUAGGCAAGUGGAAAGGAAGAGUUGGUGACACUGCAAUUGUUGGAGCUGGAAUAUAUGCUGACAAGAAACUUGCUGUGACAUGCUCAGGAGAUGGCGAUGCAUUCUUACGUGAGACAGUUGCUCAUAAAGUGGCAAGUCUAUACAACCUCAAAGGCUACACUCUAGCACAGGCCUGUCGCGAAGUGAUUUAUGAGGAUGUAGGGGCAAAAUGUGCUGGAAUCAUUGCAGUUGACCAUAAAGGUGAAGCUGCAGUCGAAACUAAUGCUGGAGUGAUGUUUGUUGCUUCCAUGGUCGAUGGGGUUGCUCGAGCUGAAGUCUUCAGACCUGUUAUGAGCUUUGCGUAUGUGAUCUGGGAAACUGAUGAAUUAAUAGCACACUUGCAUCCUGAACCCUGGACUCCAGGAACCACAAUUCUCACUCGAAAGGCUUUAAAUGGACCAAAUAGCAUCUUUCAGUUACCGAUGCCUGACUAUAUGGCAAUGUUACUAGGGGCGCAAACAGUUGCUAAUUUGCUUUGUGAGAAACUUCGUGUGUACCGCUGUGCCCUUGUGUCCAUGCCCAAGCCAGACAAACCUGCUCAUAUUAAAAUCUUGCCUAUCCAUGGACUAGAACCCAACUGGAAGCCUCAUCUUGCUGAGGAAGAGGAAUUCCACAUACAUGAUCCUGGUUACUGCAGUUCCAAGAGUGGCCCACGCUGUGAGGAUGCAUACCUCGACCAGGUCCAGUCAAAGAUAAGGGCUUGCCUCCCAACACCCAAUGCUCCAUCCUGCUAUGAUUUCUAUGGAGAUCCAUCAAAUCAUGGCCUUUUUUCACGCAUUGUAAGAGGGGAGGAGCAACAGUGGCGUGUGUGGGAAGACAAUGAACAUGUAGCUUUUCUGACCCCCUUCCCUAAUACACCUGGCCUUACAGUUUUGGUGCCACGAAGGCCACUAACAAGUGACAUCUUCCGUCUAGCCAGGAGUGAUUACACAGCACUGGUCUUGGCAACACAGAAGGUGGCUCAACUUCUACAAGAAGGGAUGGGUGCUCGAGGAGUGGCUCUAAUAUCUGAGGGGUUUGAAAUUGACUAUGCCCAUGCCAAGCUGAUUCCACUUGUCACAAAGCCUGGAGAAAUGCUGCCUGCAGUGCCUCUUGAGUUCUGUCCCACCUACCCUGGAUAUGUAACUUCAGCAGAUGGUCCUCCAGCAUCUGCAGAGGUUCUGAAAGACAUUCACACCAAGAUCACAAAGACCACACCGCCUCGCACCUGGGAACAACCCCAAAGCCACUCCACAUUAGCCAUCAAGAGCCAGUGGUACCGCAAUCUCUUUCAGAUCCAAAAUACACUGUUCCACAGCACAGUUGAGUACUUUAGUAACAAAUGCAAGUAUGCAUAUGCUCUUACGCCCAUCACAACUGAUACCAUUUCAUCACCAAUGGGCCUGGGGUCAGACUCAGAGCCUGUGUUCGUUAAUAUGCUAGGUCAAGAUGUGUACUUGGCAGACUCCAUGCAAUUUGUGCUGGAAUAUUUCUUGCGUUUCCAGGAAGGACUUCCAGGGACAUACUAUGUGUCUCCCAGUUUCCGAGGAGAGGAUCCUGAUGCUACUCAUCUGAAUCAGUUCUACCAUAUUGAGUGUGAGCUACUUGGUGAUAUGGAUGAUGCUAUCAAUAUAGCAGAAGGUUUUGUGGCUCACUUGACUCAGGCAAUGUUAAGGAACCACUCCAAGAUCAUCGAGAGUUCAGCAGGAACACUGUUCCAUGUACAAGCCAUGCUGAAGCAGCUGGAGGAACCACUUCCGAGAGUUACUCUGGACCAAGCCAUUACAAUGUUGCCCUCUGCUGACUGUCUUGAAUGGGUACAAGAGGGGCAGCCACAGUUUGGAAGAAAGCUAACCCGUAAAGGAGAAAGAGUUCUGAUUGAAAAGUAUGGUGGCGCUGUUUGGUUGACUGAAAUGGAUCACCUUGGCGUGCCCUUCUACCAAGCUUAUGUUGAAGGCUCUGGCAGAAAGAAAGCAAAGGCAGCUGAUCUGCUCUUGGGGUUGGGGGAGACGGUGGGGCUCGGGGAAAGACACUCUACCCCUGAGAUGGUACAAGAGGCCUUACGACACCAUGCUGUACCAGAAGAGUCAUACAAAUGGUACAUGAACAUGAGGCAAAUCAUACCUCUGUCUACAAGUGGAUGGGGUAUGGGCACAGAAAGAUACCUAUGCUGGCUGCUACAGCACAAUGAUGUCAGAGAUAUGCAGAUCAUUCCCAGGUUGAAGGCAAAGAAAUACAUGCCUUAAAAUACAGACUUUAAUCAAAGCAACUUAUGAGUUUUGAAAACUUGAGACUGUCUUGAAAGCCAAAGGCAACAUUAGGGGGAAUAUAAAACAUUCUGAGGAUCACGUUUUAAACUUAUGAUUCAGUAAAUUAUGAUUAUGAUCUUGAUUAUGAUUGUUUUUACAUUAAAUCUUACUGAAAGGGUUUUACUGACUUGAUUCAAUACAGUAAUAUUCAGAUAAGCGGAAAUUAUGAGAACAUGGAAUAUAUUUUAGACUUAUAAUGCAGUUGUCUACCAAAUCAUGACAUACUUGUUUUCUUGUUUCUUAAGCAUUAAUAAAUUGUUUUCUGUUACCCUUCUAUAAAUAUACUGCAUGUCAUCUUAUACUCUGAUCAACAAAUAAGACAAUGUGGCAUUUUGUCUGUA